UUCUCGCUCCCUUCUUUAUCUAAAUCCAUCCCUUUUUGGUUAACACAUCCACUCUCUCUCUCUCUCUCUCUCUCUCUCUCUCUCUCUCUCUCUCUCUCACCAUGGGUAUGGCCAUGAGUUACGUAAAUAAAGGGAUGCCUUCUGCACAACUGUUACCAAUGAAGGUGUUGACAGAUAAACUGAAGGCCAUACUAUCUGAUCAGAACUUUGAAAGCUUCGAACAGUUCCACAUUGGUGUUCUUGAAAUCGUUGCUAAGUUCAACUCAGGCAUGCCCGGGAUACGUUAUGAUGCACCAAAUCUCAAAGCUGUACAGAAAUGCUAUAUUGGGUGGAAAAAGGCCACUGAAGAGGAGAAGAUGAAGAAGUUAGAAGAGUUAUUUACAAUGACCAGUCCAGACAGAACGGCCACCAUCGUCACUGGCAUUGUGGCACCUCCAGCCGCUAUGAUCGUGAAGAGGACCGCCGAAAUGGUCCCUAACCUCAACAUGAUUAAAAUGGUCCCAGACGCUGUCUUCGUGCCAUCCGCAUCGUUGGUCGUACUUACAUUGGUCAGAUUCUUCCAGAAGAACGCUCUCCAGGAUCAUGAAAUCAAGUCCAGCAAAGCAGAGAGCCUGAUGAAUAGCACCUAAUGAUCAGUAGCCAUGAAUGCGGUCCCUUGUGAGAUUCGACAUUACGUUGGUGCUCCAUGCACUUAUAAUGGGUAGGAUGUGUAACAUAUAUGUAACUACAUUGUCUAUAUUUCUUUAUGUUUGUGUCUAUAGAUUUCUCUA